AUGUGGAUCGGGACCUUGGAUGGAUCUGGUGGCAUGGCAAAAGUAAAGAGAUCUCCAGGGAGCAGUAGCUUAAAUAGAAGGGCAGAUAUGGAGAGUAGAUCUGGUCAUCCUCGACUCCUUGAUGUUCUUGCGAAAUUAUAUGGUGGUCUUUAUGGCAGGGAUAUCAGCGCAAAAGAAGAAAUCUUAGUCACUGUUGGAGCAUAUCUUGGCUUAUAUUACUCUUUUAUGGCAUUCAUCAAUCAUGGCGACGAAGUGUUGAUUAUCGACCCUGCUUAUGAUAGUUAUGAUCCGCAAGUCAGGAUGGCUGGAGGCGUUCCGGUUCAUUAUGCCAUGGAGGUCUCACAACCCGCUCAAUCGAGCAGCGAUUUCAAAAUAGACAUCAGUAAAUUGCGGGCAAAAUGUACAAAAAGGACAAAGAUGAUUGUGUUGAAUAAUCCUAACAAUCCAACGGGUAAACUUGUACUCUCGCGAAGAACUCGAAGCUAUCGCUGA